AUGAUGCUAGCUAGUUCGAAUAUUUCUCAACAAACAAAAUCAAAAAAGCAUGCUAGAGGAAAGCGUAAACAUUAUCUUACAGAGUAUAUUAUUACCACCGAUGAAUAUGUUAAUCUGCAAAAACCCAAUGACAAAUAUUGCUAUUUUGGUGGAAAGGAACAAGCUGAAAAUAUCUUGAAUAAAGAAGAAUUAGAAGCUUCUAAAAAGUUACGGUUAGAUGAAGAAGAAGAUAAAUUUUAUAUAUUAAUACACUUAGUUAGUUCAAAAUCUGAAAAAGACAAAAGUGUUAUUGCAUAUUAUUGUUGGUUAAAUCCUUAUCUAGCAUUACCUAGUUAUAAACAGUUAGCUGGACAUAUUUUAAAAUCUGCAACUAAUACUAACUGA